AUGCGCCUUCUGAACAAAGACCUGCGCUUGCAAGACGUCACCCUCAUGUACCUCACCGUUUUGGCCACUGUGGUGGUGCUCUUGGUGGCUUCCUACCAGGCUCCUGCGGUCCACUCCAGACCCGCCCUGGCCUACCACAUCCCCUUGGACCCCUCGGGUCAGCUGGAGCUGUCCUGGAACAUCAGCUAUCCCACCCAGGAGGUCUAUCUAGAGCUGAAAGUCAAAGAGCUCCACCAUGGCAUUUUGCUGGGCAUGUCCGAUCGGGGAGAGCCCAUAAAUGCCGACCUGGUCCUUCUGUGGGACGACGGUCACAAAUCCUAUUUUGGGGAAGGUACUGUCCACAUCAUCUACGCCAUGCUGGAGCGGCCCAUCCUAUCUUUGCAUGAGCUCAACAUAUCCCGUCUCCAGCCUGGCGUCCAGCGAGUGCUGCUCCUGCGUCCAGACACUCCGUCCCCUGCUCUCCCGAGAGAUGUCCGCACUCUGGAGGUCCUGGCCCCUGAUGUCAUCAUCCCCACACAGGAAACCACUUACUGGUGCCACAUCUAUCAGCUCCCGCCUAAUAUGCCCAAGAACCACAUUGUCAUGUACGAGUCUGUGAUCACUCCUGGUAAUGAAGCCAUUGUUCAUCACAUCGAAGUGUUCGAAUGCUCUCCUCAGAUGGACACCGUGCCUCAAUACAGCGGCUCUUGUGAUUCAAAGAUGAAGCCCCGCAAACUCAAUUACUGCCGACACGUUCUGGCUGCCUGGGCCAUGGGAGCGGAGCCAUUCUACUACCCUGCUGAUGCUGGUUUGCCUCUGGGAGGAGAAGGUUCUUCUAGAUUCCUUCGGCUUGAAGUUCAUUACCACAACCCUCUCCUUAUAUCAGGACGGAGGGACUCCUCGGGCAUUCGUUUAUGGUACACUCCAUCUCUGAGGAGGUUUGACGCAGGCAUCAUGGAGCUGGGGCUAGUCUACACUCCUGUCAUGGCCAUUCCUCCCCGCCAGCGCGCUUUCCAGCUGACUGGCUACUGCACCGACAAAUGCACACAGACGGCUCUUCCUGUAGGCGGUAUACACAUCUUUGCGUCCCAGCUGCACACUCAUCUGGCUGGACUCGGGGUGAGGACCGUCCUGGUACGAGGAGGCAGAGAGGUGGACGUGGUACAGGAGGACAAACAUUUCAGCACUCACUACCAGAUUAUCCGUGUUUUAAAGAAGAUGGUGACUGUUUUGCCAGGCGACGCUCUCGUCACAAAGUGCACGUAUAACACUGAAGACAGGGACAAAGUUACCGUGGGUGGUUUUGGGAUCAUGGAAGAGAUGUGUAUCAAUUACGUGCAUUAUUACCCCCGUACACAGCUGGAGCUGUGCAAGAGCCACGUGGACACAGAUUACCUGCAGAAAUACUUCAGUCUCAUCAACAGGUUUCAGGGACGUGAGAGUUGCAGUUGUCCCCAGACUACGGUGGAAGAGCAGUUCUCCUCGCUAUCCUGGGACGGCUUCAGCGGGGAGGUGUUGAACUCCCUCUACCUCACCUCUCCCAUCUCAAUGCACUGCAACCAAUCCACAGCUGAGCUCUUUCCUGGUGAAUGGGAGAAGCAGGAGAUACCAGUGGUGACGGCGGAGCUCCAGAGAGCCCCGUACCCGUGUGAAUUAAGCCGUUGAGCGUCCUCUCAGAAUGACAACCCUACAGAGGUCAGGUCCGA